CCUCCUAUCUUUUCUACUCUGGGACUGACGUUACUGGUCAGUGCUGUGGUAAGGCUUUCCGUGGCAGAAUACCUGCACCAAAGAAUGUGGAUAAACCUGUUGUAAGACAGCACAAACGUUAGUCCUACAUCAAAAGAUGGAAGUGCAGGACCAGGAGUCUCUGGGAAGAUGGGACCGGCUGGGCAGCCGGGAUGCUAUCUCCAGAGCUAAAGCCAUGGAGAACAUCUGCCAGGACGUCAUGAGGCAAGUGGAGGCCAUCAGGCCCAUACCAUCAUUGGCCCUGUCACCCCCAGCCUCAGGAAGCCCUCCCAAGAGUGACCUAAAUGACAUCCUGGCUCACCUCCUCAUGCUGUCCAAACGGUGUCCCUAUGACGACGUGAAGGAGCGAUGUGUUCGGCUUUUACAGGGAGUCCAGGACUUGGGAGUAAGGAUCCCAAGACCCUUAGGAAACGGACCAAGCAGAUUUAUCCCUGAAAAAGAGAUUCUUCAAAUCAGUAAAGUGGACGCCAGGACACAGUCGAUAUUUGAGGAUGCGUUUGCAGCCCUCGGUCGCCUUGACAACAUUUCUCUGGUGAUGGGCUUCCACCCGCAGUACCUGGGGAGUUUUCUCCGGACGCAGCACUACCUGCUGCAGAUGGAUGGACCUCUGUCUUUGCACUACCGACACUACAUCGGCAUCAUGGCAGCAGCUAGACACCAGUGUUCCUACUUGGUCAACCUCCACGUGAACGACUUCCUCCAGGUCGGGGGUGAUCCCAAGUGGCUGAACGGCCUGGAUGAAGCGCCGCAGAAGUUGCAGCAGCUCGGGGAGCUCAACAAAAUCCUGGCCCACCGACCUUGGCUUCUCACCAAGGAACACAUCGAGUGCCUUCUGAAGGCAGAGGAGCACAGCUGGUCCCUCGCAGAGCUGAUCCACGCCGUGGUCCUCCUCACACACUACCACUCCCUCGCCUCGUUCACCUUCGGCUGCGGCAUCACGCCCGAGAUCCACUGCGACGGCGGACACACUUUCAGACCCCCCUCCCUCAGCCAGUACUGCGUCUGUGACAUUGCCAAUGGCAACGGACAUGCUAAUCACCACGACGAUCCGCUUGGCAACCAGGAGAUGUGUGGUGAGGUGGAGGUGCUGAUGGAGCGCAUGAAGCAGCUGCAGGAGUGCCGCGACGACGAGGAGGCCAGCCAGGAGGAGAUGGCAACUCGCUUUGAGAGGGAGAAGACGGAGAGCAUGCUGGUGGCCACAGCGGAGGACGAGGAGUGUGUCCCCUCCAGAGACAUCUCCCGACACUUUGAGGACCCCAGCUAUGGCUACAAGGACUUUUCCAGAAGGGGGGAGCAUGUGCCCACAUUCAGAGUGCAGGACUACAGCUGGGAGGACCACGGUUUCUCCCUGGUCAACAGACUGUACCCUGAUGUUGGUCAGAUGCUGGACGAGAAGUUCCAGAUGGCCUACAAUCUGACCUACAACACCAUGGCAACACACAAGGAUGUUGACACCAGUAUGCUGCGCAGGGCCAUCUGGAACUACAUCCACUGCAUGUUCGGCAUCAGGUAUGACGACUAUGAUUAUGGCGAGAUAAACCAGCUUCUGGACCGUAGCUUUAAGAUCUAUAUUAAGACUAUGGUGUGUAGUCCUGAGAAGACCACCAAACGAAUGUAUGAGAGCUUCUGGAGGCAGUUUCAGCACUCCGAGAAGGUCCACGUUAAUCUGCUUCUUAUGGAAGCGCGAAUGCAGGCGGAACUGUUAUACGCUCUGAGAGCGAUUACCCGCUAUAUGACAUGAAGUGCUUUUGGCGUUUUUAUCGUUGUCUUUUUACUGUCUGUCAUUGCUCAUUAUGGGACACUUUAAGAAAAAAAAAAAAAGAAAAUCAAAGGGGGGGGGGUGAAUUCAACAAAAAUGUGGAAGCGAAGUGAGAAGCCCUGGGUUGUGACAGUGCUUAUUGGAUGGAUUUUGAGAAGAGGAACAGAACAAAUGAAAGCAAGGAAGAAAAAAAAAAAAAGGAACUGUUGAAGUCAUCUCAAGCUACAA